UUGCUCGCAUGCACGUACGUACUUGUACGAAGAUGAAGUUGAGUGCAGUUGGUAUUGCGAUUAUUCUAUUCAUCGUUACAAUUAAUGACGCAGCAUUGGCGAAUAACAACAUUGAUCAUGAAUCAAGUGGCAAAAAUCAUACUCCAGAAGAGCACACCAUUCUGCUCGAGUGCCAGCACUCGGAUUAUCGGACUUAUAUUAAAUGCCUGAAGAGGCACAAACGCCACCACGAGCAUCAUGAUUCAUCAGGUGGAAGUCGGAGUUGUUUCGAUGAGUGUGGACUUGACCUCUGCACUAGCACUCAAUGUGUGAAUCAAUGUCACACAAAAUGUAUGAAGAAAACCAAGGAAACACGCCAAUUAAUUACAACUUACGAAACUGUCUGCAACGAUAACGACUGCAGCUCAACGGGGGAGUCGCAUUCCUCGAGGGCUCCAAAUAUUACCACUAAUAUUGACAUUAAUAAUAUUAUUCAUAAUCAUGUGAACACCACAGGACCUGAGGGCCCGAUUCGCCCAGCGGUUGUCACCGGAGGGGGUGACGGGGUCCCAGGGACGCCAGGAAAUCCAGGAACAUCCGGAUGUAGUGGUACUCCAGGAUGUGUUCCAGGAACGCCUGUAGGACCAGGAGUACCUGCAGUACAUGGUGGUGGCUGUCAGGGGGGUUACGGAUACGGUUGCUUCCCCCCGAUUUCAGUCGUUUCAACUGUGACAUUUGGAGUGGGUCUUGGACCCAUCGGCGGAUGCAUAAAUUCCCAGACCUGGCCUUGCAUACAACAGACGCAACCAACGGCAUUCGAUUGCUCGCUCUGCACGAAUCCCUGGUACAAGUAUCAGUGCGAGGUGAAAUGCUACAAUGUUCAAUUACCAGGAUCGCAAGGGUCAAACCCCCAUUAUCGUCCUGCCAAUAUUUAACUAAUUUUUUAUAUGCUGGAAAAAAUGUAUGAUGCAACAUUGGUAUCUAUUCACGAUUGUGGUCACCAAUAAUAACAUUAAAAAAAAAAUUAUGAUCUCUCAUUAUUCUUAUUGGACUUUAAUAGGAAGCCAGGUUAAUAAAUUAAUACACGUUUAAGUAAGAGCAAUUGAGCGAUUGAGCAAUUUUACUAAGAUGUCUUCACACUUUGAGAGCAGUCGCUGAACUGCCAAACGAUGUCGAAGUCACAAAAA